AUGCAAACCUCUUCAUCCAGCCAUUUCAUUGAUGGCUCUUCAUGUGCUGCCAAGAAGCAAUUGUAUGAUGUGAUUAUUAUUGGUGCCGGAAUGAGUGGAGUCAAUGUUGGAAAAUUACUCAAACAACGAGGCUUAACCAAUAACGUGUUGAUCUUGGAAGCGAAUGAUUAUAUCGGUGGUAGAUUGUGUUCCAAGACACUGUUGAAUGGAAAGGCUACGAUUGAUAUCGGAGGUCAAUGGAUUGGUCCACCACAACCAAAGGUACUCAAUCUUGUCAAAGAAUUGGGAUUAUCGACCUAUCCUCAAUAUUUUGAACAAGAAAAGAGAAAGAGUUCUCUCGUUUUUCCAAGCAUUGGUGGAAAGAAGCAUAUUUUGAAAUAUACUGGUUCUAUUCCAUCGGAUCCAAAGAACGUCACUGAUGAGGUAUUGAUGGAUUUUGAUCAUUGCAUUCAAAAUAUUGAGAGAAUGGCCCAUACUGUACCAGUGGAUGCUCCACACGAGUGUGAAAAGGCAGAAGAAUACGAUUCUCAAACCGUUCAAACAUUUAUGGAUAACAUGUUCAAGACGGAAAUUGCAAAAGAUUUCUUCAAAACUUUUGUGGUAACAGUUUUUGCAUGUCAACCUUAUGAAAUGUCGACACUUUUCAUGCUAUGGUACAUUGCUGUUGCUGGCGGUAAAUUUGAAAAUCUAAUGAAUGUGAGAGAUGCUGCUCAAGAUUGCAAGAUUUAUCGUGGAUCUCAAGGAAUUGUCACAGGUGUUGCUGAACAGUUUAAGCUUAAUGUUCUUCUCAAACACCCAGUGGUAAAGAUUAAAGAUGAAGGAUCAAGCAUGAGUGUCACUUGUAAAAAUGGUGCUGUCUUCCAGGCCAAAUAUGUUGUCACUACCAACUUGCCAUGGACUCAUCUUGGUAUUGAAUACGAUCCUCCUCUUCCAAGUGCAAGACAUAACUUUUGUCAAAGAACUCCAAUGGGAUAUGCUAUUAAAUGUUUCAUGCUAUUCAAAGAACCAUUUUGGAGAAAGAAGUAUGACAGCAAUGGAUUUAUUCUUUCCCUUCAACCUGAGGAUUACAUUACUCUGACAUAUGAUAUUGGAUACAAGGAUGACAUGAUUUGUGGAAUUUGCGGAUUUGUUUAUGCAGAGAAGGCAUGUGAAUAUAGUACCUUCUCAAGAGAGAAGAAAAUUGAUUUACUCCUCAAGCAAUACAGUGAAACUUUGGGAGGCACUAUUGAAGAGUGGAAGAGCCAAUUUGUUGAUUAUAUUGAUAAAGAUUGGGGUUUGGAUCCAUAUGCUAGAGGUAGUUAUGGAGCUGUCACUGUACCAGGAACCUUGACCAAGACUAAGCUUGCUUUCAGAGAGCCUUUGUAUAAUCGUAAAUUGUUUAUUGCAGGAACUGAAAGUGCAUCAAGAUGGAUUGGUUACAUGGAAGGAGCAAUUGAUGCUGCAGAGAGAGUGGUCACUGAAUUGGCCCCACUUUUUGAGCCAAGUCAAGGAAGAACCUCCAAACUCUAA